AUUUGGACUGUUAAGAUGUAUUCGACGUUCGGUUGGCUAUUGAUUUUUGCCAUAGUUAUAUGUGCAGCUGAAUCGGGCAAAAAACUUGAUGUGCACACUCUGCAGUUAGAACAAUUAAGCUUCCUGAAAAAACCAAAACCCAAACCGGUGUCAGUAGUGGAAGAUGAAAUAGUUUCCGAUGAGUUUGUGCAAGGAACUCUUCGUCAAUUGCCUACAUCGACAGUAGAAUCGAGACCCUUUCCGGAUCCCAAAGCUUGUGACUCGUCCUCAUUGACAGUUUGUGUCGGUUGUCAAACGAUUAAGAUCUGCAUUUCGCCAGUCGAUCCUAACUCUAUUGACGACCCAAAUCCCACCCAGCUUUGCCCGAGCAAGACGCCUUUCUGCAGCACCAAGGAAGGAUCCUGCUCAGCCACUCCUGAUGACACCGUUAUUCAGUGUUCGGAUCUUUCGGUGGCCUCCGACUUCAAGUGUACCUCUGCUGGAAAGUUCCCCAGCCCAACCUCUUGCAAUGAGUAUUAUUACUGCGAGAAUAAGGGAGACAGCGGAUCAGUUUAUCAAUGCCCUCCACUGUACACCUACAAUACUAUCGUACAGGCAUGUCAGCUAAGGAUCCUGAAUACCAGCUGCAAAAACAUCACCUGCCCUGGAACGAAUACCAUCUUCAAUCCAUAUCCGAGCAACACCCAGUACUUCUACUACUGCAUGGCUAAUCCGAAUGACGCCACUCUACCCCAAACUCCAGUCAUGUACACCUGCGGGAAGAAUGCAAAAUUCGAUGCAACUCAGCAAAAGUGUAUCUACCAGUGCACCGCCGAGGGAUCAUUCCCUAAUCCCAACAAACCAAGCUCCUACUACCAGUGUUACAGAUCCGGUCUCAGAAUCCUGUCCCGGGAACUCAAUUGCAAGCUUUCGACCCAGGUGUUCAACUCUACCUUGCAAGUCUGUACAAAUCCGCCGGCGGCGACGGUGUCCGGAAGAUCUAUCUCGUUGGUGGACGCUGGAGGACGUUACCUGAUUUGAGCGCAUUUCAAUCGAGUUGGGAUUUUCGGUUA